CUGAGUGUGGCGCUCAGCACUUGUUCUAGGUGACCCGGAGGCUGGCGAUGGACGCCAUCCGCGCCGGCAUGUCGGGCGCGCCCCUGGUGAAGCACGCGGCUGCGGGGGCUGGGCUGAAGGCCAGCAGGCCCCGCGUCAUGUCCAAGAGCGGGCACAGCAACGUGAGGAUCGACAAAGUGGACGGCAUUUACCUGCUCUACCUGCAAGACCUGUGGACGACCGUCAUCGACAUGAAGUGGAGAUACAAGCUCACCCUGUUUGCCGCCACUUUCGUGAUGACCUGGUUCCUUUUCGGGGUCGUCUACUACGCCAUCGCGUUCAUUCACGGGGAUCUGGAGCCCGGCGAGCCUGUUGCGAAUCACACCCCCUGCAUCAUGAAAGUGGACUCGCUCACGGGGGCGUUCCUCUUCUCGCUGGAGUCCCAGACCACCAUCGGCUACGGAGUGCGCUCCAUCACGGAGGAGUGCCCCCACGCCAUCUUCCUGCUGGUGGCUCAGCUGGUCGUCACCACCCUGAUCGAGAUCUUCAUCACCGGCACCUUCCUGGCCAAAAUCGCAAGGCCCAAGAAGCGGGCCGAGACCAUCAAGUUCAGCCACUGCGCGGUGAUCACCAAGCAGAACGGGAAGCUGUGCCUGGUGAUCCAGGUGGCCAACAUGCGGAAGAGCCUCCUGAUCCAGUGCCAGCUGUCCGGCAAGCUCCUGCAGACCCACGUCACCAAGGAGGGCGAGCGCAUCCUCCUCAACCAGGCCACCGUCAAAUUCCACGUGGACUCCUCCUCCGAGAGCCCCUUCCUCAUUCUGCCCAUGACGUUCUACCACGUGCUGGAUGAGACCAGCCCCCUGCGCGACCUCACGCCCCAGAACCUGAAGGAGAAGGAGUUCGAACUCGUGGUUCUGCUCAACGCCACCGUGGAAUCCACCAGCGCUGUUUGCCAGAGCCGGACGUCCUACAUCCCGGAGGAAAUCUACUGGGGCUUCGAGUUCGUGCCUGUGGUUUCUCUCUCCAAAAACGGGAAGUACGUGGCCGAUUUCAGUCAGUUUGAGCAAAUCCGGAAGAGCCCAGAUUGCACCUUUUAUUGCGCGGAUUCCGAGAAGCAGAAACUGGAGGAGAAGUACAGGCAGGAGGAUCAGAGGGAAAGAGAACUGAGGACACUUUUGUUACAACAGAGCAACGUCUGAUCACAGGGGUGUCACCUCGGUUUACCUCCACGAGCUGUUUCCACAUCAGAACGCCCUUCAAACACGAAGGUUGCUGUGAAAACGACAAUGUGUAGACACACUCUAAAAAACUGCGGGAACGUACAAAAUCCAUCUCUCCCUUUGAUCUGGUGGCUAAACAGGCAUUUCUGUGUUUGAGAGGGUUCAAGUGCUUCAUCUGAACUGAACUCUCAAAAUUCAGAUUUUCUAAAAUGGGGCUACAUUUCAAAGAACUUGGCAUAGGGUAAAUUUGGAAUAAUGUCUUGUUGGAUAAACGGAUAUUUAGCAAUGCUGAUAUUGAAAGUAAAUGCAUUUCUAUACAAGUAUAUUAGCAAUAAUAUAAGAUAUUUAUUUAACCAA